UGCGCCUGCGUGCUGCGGCUCCUGCCCGUCGCCGCGGCCCGGAUCGGGAAGUGUCAAGCGGGAGUCGGGUUUCCCCGCCUUCGCCGCUACCACCGCUGAACCCAGACUUUCCAUCUAAGCCCAGGCCCAGCCGCCAUGACGAACGUAUACUCCUUGGAUGGGAUUCUGGUGUUUGGUUUGCUCUUUGUUUGCACCUGUGCCUACUUCAAGAAAGUACCUCGUCUCAAAACCUGGCUGCUAUCAGAGAAGAAGGGUGUUUGGGGUGUGUUUUACAAAGCUGCUGUGAUUGGAACCAGGCUGCAUGCUGCUGUGGCAAUUGCUUGUGUUGUAAUGGCCUUUUACGUCCUGUUCAUAAAAUGAAUUCCAAAGUAUCCAACUCAUCAACUGCCAACCAAGGGGACAGGGAUGAAGAACCUGUUGGAGGCCUGGACCCAGUGUAGGAGAGUUCAGCUAAAAUCAUCAGUCUCCAGGAUGACACCACAGUUUCUGCCUCUGCCACAUGUGAGGAAAACUCCUUAUAGUCAUGAACAUUAUAUAUGCUUCAGAGGACUCUGUAAAGCCAACUUCCUUUGAUCUGUGUGUAAAUCAGUCCUUGGCAGAAUGCAUAUAAUGUCCAGAUAAAUUACACUCCUCGGUGGUUAACAUUACAUACCUUCUGCUUAAAAACCUGUCACCUGUUUUGUUCUUCAGCACCUCAGUAGGGUUUCAAAAUGAGGCUCAUUAGGAAGGAAAUAGGCUGUGUUUAGACCUUUUGGGAAGAAAGAUAAUUUUCAAGGCUUGACUUUUUUUACUGUUUGAUUUGGAUCUGGCAAAUUGGGGAAGGGGUGCUAGGUGGAAAAUAGGAGUUAUGCAAUGCCAAGAAAUUGUUUGGCUUUGGAAAUCUGUCUUUGAUAUACCCAUCUGGGAGCAUAAGCAACAGACAUGGUCCUGUUGCAAAAAGAGAACAGAUGAUGUAGCUGUGCUGUAUGCUGGUAGUUCAAGAGUUUUGCCAAGAAAAUCUGAGCCUACAUAAAAUUUAUGAUUAUUUGUCUGUGAUGAGACCAGAAAGCCGUGGCUUAGACAAAAAAUUUGUUAUCAAUACCCCCAAAAGGAGAUGUCAUUCAAUCAAAUGACAUAUGAAAAUGAAUCAACUCUUACUACAUGUAUUUGCUAAAGUCUUUUUAUAUUUUCUAAAUUAAUUAGUGCUAAAUACUGUUGUUCAGUGAAAUGCCACUAAUAGGGGAGAAAGAAACUAUUGAAAAAAAUAAUUGUUUAAUAUAUUUAGAGUUAGAGAAGAAGAAAUAAAUCUAGUGUGUUUAUUGAUAUACUAGUGAAUUCAUCUAGUAUAAGAAUUUAUUAUAAUGUCAAAUGGAAGUUUUGUCAUGUUAUAAAAGAUACAGACUUUGGGGGUUUAAGUCUGGGUUGUUAUGGCAAUUUUUAGUUGAAUACUUGUUUUUCUUGGCCAACUCUUAAUUUUUUUCAUAUUGCAGUACUUUUUAGUUGUCUCUGAAAAUUCUAUGAUAUUUAUAGUAAGAACAUGAGAAAUUCAAAUGAGAAAAGUAGUUGAUAUUCAUUAGCAUGUUUGGACUGUACAGAGGGUCCAUGAAUAAAAUGAGGGUGUUUCCUGAAGUAAAGGAAAACAGGUUUGCCAGUGAGAUUAAAGGUCUUUGCCAUGGAGUAUAGUAACUGCUGAGCAAAUCAUUUUAGGUGACUUAACAUUCAAAGGGAAGAUUUCUCCAUUCCAUUUUUCUUAUUCUGCAAAAGGAUCAGCUAUUAGGUUUAUGAAAUCUAGAACUUCUCUAUUUAAAAAAAAAAGGUAACUCUAAAAUUAAAUUGUUAUAAGCAAGCAUAAGCAUAGGUCAGUUUUCCAGUUGAACUGUCCAUUAUAGUAAAACUUAACUGCUGACAAGUUAGCUGUGGUUGAUUCCUGUGUUGCAAUAAAUUGUUCUUUGUCUGCUUACUCCAAAAAAAUAAAAGCUACUAGAAGUUUAGAUUCUGAAAUAUGCAGUCCAGUGUUUGGAGGGUUUCUGGAAGUAUAGAAAGUUAUCAAGUGAACACUACAUGUCUAAUCAUCUCAGAGUUGUGGCUGUUACCUCUUCAGGAAUUGGUGCACAGGGUAAAUUUCAAUUAUUCAUCUAUUUUCCAUUGUCAUUUCUGAGGACUUAUGAGAGAAAGGAAGUCUAACGGAACAAGAAAGAAGAGUUACACCUUGUGUAUGUGAGUUUGGGACCUGUUGGGCCACAGGGAAUGUCACUCCCUGGAACUAGGUUCGCAUGUUUUGCACUUAUUUUGUAGCUUUAAUGACUUUUGCUUUCUAAUAGGGUUAAUGUCUCUAAGCUUGGUGCUUAGAGUUGCUUCAUAUUUUAAAGUAGUUUCAUUCCAUAGUUGAAGUUCAAACCAAUUUUUACAGCCUCCUGGGUCAAGUUUAUCUUGACCUAAACUUUGGAGUUGUUAUAUUUUGAGAUGUUUUCAUACCAGAAUGUACCAAAAAGUGCACAAGGUGAAGGUAAUUCACAGCAGGAAACCAAUACACAGCUUAUUUCAUUUCUUGACUUUACAUAAGCAGAUAAGCAGAAACUUGUUUAACUCAUUACUUUGGUUGAUGUGUCAUACGUUUUUAAAUAAAAAUUAUAGGAAGUUAUUCCUCUGGGGGACUUUUUUAGGGGUGGAAGAAUGGGGAUAGCAGUAUUGCCUCAAAUUCAAACUGGCAUCACCAGAAACCCUGUUUGCCAGGGUGGAAUGAAGUCAGCUCCUUUUUAUAGAUGAAAUACAAUUUUUUAUUCACCAUUGUAUGCACAAAUCCUUGAAAAUAAACUUUCCUUCCCUA